AUGGCUACAGUAUCCAACGGCUCCGAGGGCGAUUUCAUCAUCGUCGGCGGUGGUACUGCAGGCAAUGCUGUCGCUGGUCGCCUCGCCGAAAAUCCCAACGUUCGCAUUCUCCUUGUGGAGGCAGACAUCCCCAACCCUGACCAAAUCGAUGAGAUCACCACGCCAUCCAAGGCUUCCGACCUUCGUGGGAGCAAGUAUGACUGGGCCUACAAGACCGCCAUGACAAAGCGUGAUGACUUCGAAAGAAUUGAAAAGCCCAAUAUCCCUGGCUUAGACUACGCCACUCCAUUGUCUUGUUAA